UCUUGUUCCCUGAUUGUCCCAGUUGAUGCAAAAAGGAUCCUCCGAUCUUGACCGGUCUCUUUAUCUCAUUGCUGGCAUCUUUCCUGAAGAAUAUGAGUGGUAAGACGUGAUCAAGAGAGUCUGCCUGGCAGUCUCAGUAGCAACCCGGAAUCCGUCUUUCGUAUGCCUGUGGACAGUUUCAUGUUUGUUUAUUUACGGGUUCAUUCUUCUUUGUUUAUAGCGGCAGGUAUGGCUCCUUUGUGAUGAUAGUAGCUCACAACCUCGCACUCUGUCUCCUGUCAGAUUGGAACACGGAGGGCACAGAGCUGAAGACGGGCAAUUUUGGCACCGACAAAGACAAGGCUGAAAUCCCCCUGGACAGUGCAGUGAGCUUCCAAACCUAACAAUCAUAGGACAAUGGCUUCCAAGAACUCCACUCCAACUCCAUGGUCGCAGAUACCUCUGAUCUCGUUUGACCGCCACAGCACGUCUACCGGAACAAACAUUGACAAAGGCCAUGUUUCAUGGCUGUCAAUCAAGCAAAUAAACAGAUGCUUCAGAGAGGAGAUAUGGAUCCCUUUCACCACCUCCAACAAUCCUAUCCCUGCAUAACAUUUCUCUACUCAAAUAAACCGUCAGCCGCAGAGCAGAAGGCAUAACUUUGGAAAUUGUCAAAACUCCUCAUCAACGCCGGAACCAAGACGCCUUCUUCAAAGUCCGUUGGAGUCAGGGUCCAAAGUCAUGGCUUCUCAGGGAUCAGAAUCAAUGUCGGUCUACUUUGUCGACAAGGUCUGCAACUUGCGGGUUCAACUUCCUAUUACCAGGACAACGCCAUGGAACCAGUUCAUGACAUGCCUAUCAGACGUCUCAGCGCCCAUCGCCACUCUAAUCAAGAACAAUCAUUUCCACUCGACUGAUCUGACUGUGACAAGCCAAGCAACAGGACGCUUCACCGUCGAUGAUGGCCCCUGGCUUUUCCGCACAACAACAGUAGCCAUGAGAGGGAGUGAAGAAUACAUUCGGCACUCUCAGUGGCGGACCCUCACACGUAAAGCUUUUGUGCGGCUCCGGAGAGAGUCUACGGACGGUGGCACCAGCACUGAGAUUCUACAUACUCUGCAAAAUGCUCGCGAUGAGGAAGCCGCGCUGAGGUCAGCACAACAACCGGUCUGGGUGGGCACAUUGAACACAACAGCCCGAGGGUUCUCUUCCACUCCAGCCUCAGGUCCGACUUCAUUCCCAACCCCGUAUCAUGCACCAGAACCAAGAGUUCGAUAUCAGACAUGGCAGGAAUACCAGAUUCCACCCUCAAAUCCCAUUUCCGUGCGCAUUGCUGCUCUAGGACAGUACCAGGGAGCGCAUGCAUAUCGUCCUCCGAGAAACCAGGUCGGUGGUCCGUCACCAGUCUGUGGUCUAGCCACCCUUCCACGUCACGCUUCAUACGAAUCCUACGGCUCUUCUGCAUCAACGUACUAUUCUCCAGCUCCAGGUUUCAUGCAAGAUCUCCGGCGACCUAAUUAUCCCAUUCAUGAACAAGUGCCGACUCCGAGGCUACAGCCCGUUCAUUACCCAGCUACAGUUCCGGAUCACUAUCCACCAUCAUUUUCAGCUCCCUCUCAGCCCUCAAUUCCUGCAGUAGCACCGUCUCGGAUUCGCACGGCUAUUGCACCAGCUCCCAUCCCAGGUUCAGGUUCAGGUUUCGGUCAAGCUCCGGCGGCUGCUCCACCAAGAGCACCGACUCCGUCGCGAGCUCCAACACCAAACAACCUUUCCACUUGGACCAGCGACAUGUAUCCGCGAGUGGUGGUUGACAGCUCUGAUAUUCACUGGAUAUAUCGAGAAGAGGCGCUGCGGGGAACAGUGAAGUUUGGGCGAGCACCGGUCGUGGAGGCAAUGGACGUGUGGACGGAGAAGUCGAAACCACGGUACUGAAACCGGGACAUGGUUCGUGAAAGGAGGCAGGAACACAACUGGAAAGAAAGGAGUCGGUAAACUUGUGGGAGGAGGUGUGAUUGUGAUUGUGCAUUCACGAGAAACAUGGUGAUAAGGAAAGGAGAUAGGAAUAGC